AUGGGUAACGUACCAGGGAAACUUGAUCAAGAAGACGGCUAUAAUGAUUCUAGACCGAAUUCAUCGAAUAACGUUACAUCGCUCAGUACCGACAAACAAUAUGACGAUGAGAUGUCUUCCCGGGCUAGGACAAGACACACAACGUCUUUGGUCAAUAACAUUUUGAGUGGCAACAAUACCCGUUCAAGAGCUAGCUCAAAUAUAUCUGGUACUAGUAGAAGAAAGACAUCACGAGAAAAGGAGCUAGCUAAAGAAGCACACGCCAAGCAAUUGGUCGUAAGGUGUAAUGAAACCGUGGACGGUGGAUUUUUAGCCCCAUUUGGUUGCUAUUCUUUUGAAAAAUUAGACUAUGACACGACCGUUAUUAAAGACUUAAUAACCAAAAGAAAAUUAGCACCCUUUUACACUCCCCUACAGGAUUUCGAUGAAAGUUGGACUAGAGACGAGUUAAUAAAGAUAGUUGACGGAUUGCCAUUACACGAUACGUUUGAUGAAAAAUUGGAAGAGUUUGAAGAUGUACCGAUAGGUAAUUUGAGGAAGCCUACAUAUAAUGAUCUAAUAGAUAAAUCUUUGUCCAAAAAGGAACAGAGGAGAAUGCAUGCGAAAAUUUUUAGAGCAAGGUUAUAUAAAAAAAGAAUUCUAUGGCAAGAAAACGAAAAUGAGUCGUUUCUAGAGAAAAAGUUAGAGUUGAGACAGCUUGGCGAUAAUACUAAUAGCGUUGGUGAUGGCAAUAGUAGCUGUCUGAAAACAAAUUAUCAUCUGCCCUCAGAUGAUUUAAAGUAUACGCUUUACAAAAAUGGAUCAGAAUGUCCGAUUUGUUUUCUUUAUUUCCCUGAACCCUUCAACUACUCUAAAUGCUGUCAACAACCUAUUUGUACCGAAUGUUUCGUGCAAAUCAAGAGAGCUGAACCUCAUUUCCCUCAUGAUGAAGUAGACCCUACUAAUCCACCAACAAAUGACAGUGAAAAGGACCCUAAUCUUCUAACUUCCGAACCAGCAAAUUGUCCUUAUUGUGCAACUGCCGAUUUUAGCAUCACUUAUCAGCCUCCCACAAAUCGUAAAACUGGACUCGGUGGUAUAUCCCCUGAUACUUACGUGUAUAUGGCCUCCAAUACAGAGAAAACGAACGCCAACCAGUUGCCUUCUUCGGUGAUCACUUCAGAUACUAUUCGUCCAAGUUGGGAAACUAGACUAAAUAAGGAAAGGUCUAGACUGGUAAGAAGGUCCGCCAACGCUACUGCCAUACAUAUAAGCAAUAGACUGAUUGAUCCAAAUCAUAGUUCAAGAAGAAGUACGGGUCCUAGUGGAACGCCUAUUCAAGAAGAAAGUACAUCAAAUUCAAGAUCACCUGAACCGACAAUAAAUGAAAUCGAAGACCAAAUGGUCAGAGAGGCUAUCAGAUUAAGUCUCGAAGACCAAGAUAACCAAAAAAAGUCAAAGAAUAAAUCUAUUUUACGACCAUAG